AUGUGGCUCAUCUCAUUUUGGGUCUUCCCAGUCAUUUCGGCCUGCAUGUGGGUUGCAAUGUUGAUUGCCAUGCUUGCCACCUGGGUUAGGGAUGGCGAACCCAUUUACCCAUGUAUGCUAAAUGCGGAUGGGACAACCGAUGGUCAGACUGUUGCGUACAUUUCCGAUGUUGGCGCAUACGGUGCACAGCCUUUAUUCAUCACUGGUAGUGUUAUUACAGUCGUUUUCUUAGAUCUGGCUUUCCUGUCUGAGCGAUGGCUUCGCCACUCUGGUCAACUAGCUCAGAAUAAGGGUCGACUUGAUAAGAUCUGUGCUAUUGCCUCGAUCUUUUUCGCCUUUGCUGGUGCUCUUGGGUUAAUUCUUUUGUCUAUCUUUGAUACGGCGCAGUAUCCUCAUCUGCAUGAUGGGUUCCUGGUCAUGUUUAUUGGUGGAUACUUGAUCAGUGCUAUCCUCAUCUGCGCUGAGUACCUACGUAUCGGACUCUUCUACCGAUCCCAACACCGUAUUCUCCUGGUCAGUUUCUGCAUCAAGCUUGCCUUUGUGAUCAUCGAGAUUGCCCUGGCUAUUGCAUUCGGUAUCUGCAUGGAGAGCAGUGACCGCGCGAAGAAGAACCCCGGCGCUAUUAUUGAAUGGGUGAUUGCCUUCGUCUUCACUGGAUACAUUCUCUCAUUUGUCAUCGAUCUCUUGCCAUCUAUCCGUACUCGGAGACACAUUCCUCAGGGUGAGAAGCGGGACACCAUGGCUGAGGCUGAAGAACACUUGCCACAUGCCUCAUUGGAGGAGCCUCUGACCACCGACUCGGCCAAUUACUACCGUGGCGCACGUGUGUAA